CAGAGCUCACACGCACAGAGCUGCCUGGUUUGAGCAGUAGGGGGUCCUGUCAUUAAAAUUCUCUCAGUGUGCAUUAAUGACAAGGUAUUUAUUAACGAUGAAAAGUGAUUUGCCCUCCCCUCAUUUUCCUCUCUUUCACACUGCAGUCGUAUGGGUUUUGGUACAUUACGGGGAUAAAAAUCUGCCGCCCGAAACCUCGAAGUGUUUACCAGUUUGGCUUAAGACUCCAGUGAGCCUUCUAUCUGUACAGUGCAUGCUGGGAAUGUCUCUGCUUACCUGUGCUUCUAAUUAUAAUGCCUUCACUCUUCCAGUAAUUGGGCCCGUGCCACCUCCCCCACUAGCUCAUUCUCCCUCUCUCUCUCCCUCGCUCAUUCCCUGCUCUCUUCCUUUUCCCUCCAAAGCCAUCCAAUUAAUAUGCUAAUGAGCUGAUAAAUAUUUAUGGGGACUUUAAAUUAUGCAGAAAGCUUUCAGAGCCCUGUGUGAAAUGAAUUGCUCGCAGGACUUCAAAGUGUUGCGCCGCUAACGAGGCAGGGGAACAUUUGCAUAUGGCUUUAAUCAGCUGAAUACUGAUUGCGCUUCGUUAUGGCUGCUGCCAGCUGCACUCUUUGUUUCUGCUUCAAACCUGAAAAAAAAAGAGAGGGAGAAGGGGAACUUUUUUCACACUCGAGUUGCCGUGACGAUCAUGGCACGAAAAGAGAGGGAGGCAGAGAAGAGAAAAACGGUAGCGAUUGAGAGAGCUGCGUCGCAGUCAUUUACUGUACUGUACCACUUUAGCGUGUGCACAAGACCCUACUGUGGACAUCCUGCCGGUUUGUUAGUUGGGAGGAUUGUGUUUGCAUCCCGGACUCUCUGCCCACCACCAAGGCCCUCUUGUCGGACCAGUUUUCCCCUUCCUAUCUUGAGUUUGCAUCUAACGGAGACCUGUGCUGCCACUUGGCGUCUUUCAAAGCCAUGCUAGAAAGUGCAGGUGCAGCUUUGGCGGAUUCUAAAAUGAGUAAUCCGUCUGAAUCGAGUAAAUGUGCAAUGGAGAGUGGCGACGGAAACACAGGUGCCCAAACAAAUGGACUGGACUUUCAGAGACAGACAGUGCAGACAACAAACGCAAUCACCAACGCACAUGCACAAGCUCUGCUCCAACAGUUGACUCUGACUCCGGCACAGCAGCAGAUGUUGCUGCAGCAGGCCCAGGCUCAGUUGCUGGCGGCGGCCGUGCAGCAGCACUCAGCCAGCCAGCAGAGCAGCACCAGCGGAGCCAACAUCUCCGCCUCCGCGGCCACACCCAUCACCCAGAUCCCCCUCUCCCAACCCAUCCAGAUCACGCCUGUAAGUCAGGCUUCCCUUCCGCUACCCUACCUCUCAUCCUGGGGAGGGUGUGGUGGGGUUAGCCAGAUGUUCAAUGUUCCAGGGCAAAUGCAGCUGCAGCAGCUUCAGCAGCAGAACCCCAACCUGCAGCAGUUUGUGCUCGUGCAGCCGGGGCUGCCCAUCGCCACCCAGCUGCAGCAGCUGCAGCCGGCACAGUUCAUCAUCUCCCAGACGCCGCAGGGCCAGCAAAGUCUCCUGCAGGCCCCCAACCUACUAACACAACUACCUCAAAGCCAAGCCAACCUCCUGCAGACUCCUAGCAUCACCCUCGCCACCCAGCCCGCGACCCCGACUCGCACGAUAGCAGCUACCCCCAUCCAACCCCUCUCCCACACCCAGAGUACACCAAAGCGCAUGGACACGCCCAGUCUGGAGGAGCCCAGUGACCUGGAGGAGCUCGAGCAGUUCGCCAAGACCUUCAAGCAGAGGAGAAUCAAACUGGGCUUCACUCAGGGGGACGUUGGCCUUGCCAUGGGAAAGCUUUAUGGCAAUGACUUCAGCCAAACCACCAUCUCUCGAUUUGAGGCCUUGAACCUGAGCUUUAAAAACAUGUGCAAGUUGAAGCCUCUGCUAGAGAAGUGGCUCAACGAUGCAGUGUGUGCAGAGAACCUGACGUCUGACCAGGCCCUGUCCAGCCCCAGCUCCCUGGGCUCCCCUGGCCUGGGCAUAGAGGGGCUGAACCGCCGGCGCAAGAAAAGGACCAGUAUCGAGACCAACAUCCGCGUGGCCUUAGAGAAGAGCUUUAUAGAGCAGAACCAAAAACCUACCUCUGAGGAGAUCACCAUGAUCGCCGACCAGCUCAACAUGGAGAAGGAGGUGAUCCGCGUGUGGUUCUGCAACCGCCGGCAGAAGGAGAAGAGGAUCAACCCUCCCAGCAGUGGUGGCAUGGGCACCACCCCCAUCAAAACGAUCUUCUCCUCCUCCAAUCCCCUGGUGUCCAGCACGACGAGCCUCACACCGACCACACUGACUGUAAACUCAGCUUUGCCUCUCACCAGCACGAGUGUCUCCAGCCUCGGCUUCACUGGCACAACCAUCACGGCAGCACCCACCUCUACCAACACAGCCUCGGUCAUCUCUGCCACGCCCAUGGUCACUACCGUAGCCGCUGCCCCUCCGACCUCGCUAAGCCCCUCCCCGUCACUACACACAUCUGGUGGCGGGGCCGGUGAGUCGGGCGGGGGGCCCCAGGAGGGGUCCGGCGGGUGCUUGGUAUCACAGACCCCUAUUUCUGCCUCCGCACUGGCUUCAGCUCUGAGCUCGGGCCAGGUGAUGGUGGCAGGGCCGGGGCUCUCCACCAGUGCCAGCCUUGCUGCCAUGGCCGCCGCUGCGGGCCUCAACCCUGGACUUAUGGCCUCUUCACAGUUCAACCAUGGGGGGGCCUUGUUGAGUCUGGGACCAGGAGGUUUGGGCAGUGCCCUGAGUCCAGCGCUGAUGAGCAACAGCACCUUGGCCACGAUCCAAGGGGUGUGGAGCGCAUUAGCCUCUAGUGGAACUCUACCCAUCACUUCUCUGGAUGGAAGCGGUAACCUGCUGUUUGCCAACGCCAGCGCGGGCGGCACGCCACUCUUCCUCAACCCGCAGAAUCUGUCGCUGCUCGCCAGCAACCCCGUCAGCCUGGUGUCAAGUGCCAACCUGCAGCUCACGCAAGACGCCCACCAGAGCGUGGUCACCACGGCUGCAGUGCCCACCUCCACCAUAAGCACCGCCUCCAAGGCGCAGUGAAGCGGCGGGAGCUGGCGGAGCCCUGCCAUUCCGAGCCUUCAUCAUCAUCAUCAUCAUCAUCAUCAUCUCUCUCUCCUUCUUUCCUUCCUUCAUUCAUUCAUUUCCCUUGUCUGCUUCUAUUCUGCACCCUGCGCUGUCUUGCGCGUUCCUCGUUAUUUAAUCUUUCUGCUGCCAUCCAAAAAAAAUGACACUAAAAAAAAGACAGGAUUUUUUUUAAAGUGUUCACCUUGCAUUAACUCCAGAAUGUUGAGAUAGGGGGUGAAAAAAUAGUUUGGUUACUUUUUUUUUUUUUUUUUUUUUUGGGGGGGGAGAGGUGUCAUCUUAGGGUUACUGACAUCACACCUGAGUGGAGAGUGUCUCUCUGACUCAGUGGUGCCCCCUCUGGGUGACUUGCAAGAGGUGUUUUUAGAUAAAUGAAGACAGACCUCUCCUCUCCCCUCCCCAACCCAACUUCUUUUCAUCUUCCCUGAACUCUGUCCUCCACUCCUCUUUUCAGAGCUGCUUUUGAAGACUCUUCUAACCAAAAAAAUGUGCGAUCUUAACUCUCUUUUUUUUUUUUUUUUUAAACAACUGAAUGAUCACUUCUUAUCCUAGUGUAAGGUCCACUAUCGUUUCCCAGUGGAAGGUACUGUAUUGCAGGCCUUUUACGUUGUUCAUAUCUAAUUUUACGUUAUUCUUUUUUUUAUGUUUUUUGGUUCUCUAACUGUAAGUCAGCUUUAAGUUGUACAUCACAUAAUUGUGGUUACAAGGCUUUAAAAUAAGUAAUAAGUGGCAAAUAUAUGGUUUCAUCGUUCUAAGGAAAUGUGCAACUGUCUGUCAGAGAACACUGAUUUUGGUUUUGUUUGUUUGUUUUGGUUUUUUUGACCACUUGUGGUGUAAAACCUCUCCAGGAUGCCAGACCUAUAGUGAUGGCUUAAUUGGAGUCCUGCACAGAGGCCAUCGGCUGUGUCUCAUAGUUUGCUGUGAGAUGGACAGAUGACCUUUGAGACCUUAGCGGAUGAUGUGGUGGUUGUUUUAUUUUUUUUAUUUUUUUUUAUAUAUAUAUAUUUCUACAUGAAUGUUAGUUUUGGUGGUCUUCUCAAACACAGCCAAUACUGUAACCUGGUCUGCUCUGAAAAUCGGCCAGGGCCAGUCAGUGGGCUUUUUAAAUAUAUAUAUAUAUAUUUUUUCUUUCUUUCGAUUGUGGCUUGGAGCAGGAGCUCAAAAGGCUGAUGUCAAACCAGCCUCGAUUUUUCUGGGGAAGUUGGUGGGAUGUUACCGAAAUGAGUGCUUGUUGCUUGGGUCAAGUUCUUUUUAGGGGGUUCUGUUUAUUUUUCUACUUGUGCACAGUGUCUGUACCAAAAAACUGGACUAGAGAACUGCAGUCUGCCUACUCUGGAGGAGAAACUUCUUCUGUCGCACGCUGAGGUCGUUCUUUUCAAGGUCUUCAACUGGCCUUUUUUUCCAAGAUAUACCAAAAAUAUUUGUUAAACUAUUGCUGUAUAUUGUCAUUGUAGUGUGUAGCUUAAGCCUAAAUAUUUAUGAGUCAAGGCUCUUGGUAGACAGCAGGAGAUUUCAAAAAAAAAAAAAAAAAAUGCAAUAUUUU